UGUGGUUUUAAGUUUGACAUUAUCCGCAAAUUUCACCUAGGUCCAUUUUAUUGAACUGUGAUUGUGAUUGUUAGUUUUAUCUUAAAAUUAUUUCAAAUAACAAAUAUAAGUUUGAACAUUUUUGUUUUCAACGUAUUGAUGAAACUGAUACACUGAAAUCAUAACAUUCUUUAAACUUGUGCGAAAUGUCUGACACAAGUGACUUGGACCGUCAAAUAGAACAACUUAAAAGAUGUGAGAUUAUCAUGGAGGGAGAGGUUAAAGCACUCUGUGCGAAGGCCCGCGAGAUUCUUGUUGAAGAAAGUAAUGUUCAACGUGUCGAUGCUCCAGUUACGGUUUGUGGAGACAUUCAUGGCCAAUUCUAUGAUCUCAAAGAACUAUUUAAAGUUGGUGGUGAUGUUCCUGCUACUAAUUAUUUGUUUAUGGGAGAUUUUGUGGACAGAGGAUUCUAUUCUGUUGAAACAUUUUUAUUACUUUUAGCUUUAAAGGUUCGUUAUCCAGACCGCAUUACUUUAAUUAGGGGAAAUCAUGAAUCAAGACAAAUCACACAAGUGUAUGGCUUUUAUGAUGAAUGUUUAAGGAAAUAUGGUUCUAUAACAGUAUGGAGGUACUGCACAGAAAUAUUUGACUACCUGUCACUGUCGGCUAUAAUAGAUGGUAGGAUAUUCUGUGUACAUGGUGGACUCAGCCCGUCUAUACAAACCCUGGACCAAAUUCGUACUAUAGACCGCAAGCAGGAGGUACCGCAUGAUGGACCCAUGUGUGACCUUUUGUGGAGUGACCCUGAAGACACCCAAGGUUGGGGCGUUUCCCCAAGAGGUGCCGGCUACUUGUUUGGAUCUGAUGUUGUGGCACAGUUUAAUGUUUCCAACGACAUAGAUAUGAUAUGCCGUGCCCACCAACUUGUGAUGGAAGGUUACAAAUGGCACUUCAAUGAAACUGUUCUUACUGUGUGGUCUGCUCCAAAUUAUUGUUAUAGGUGCGGCAACGUAGCGGCAAUAUUAGAACUGAACGAGAAUCUUCAACGUGAUUUCACAAUAUUCGAAGCCGCACCUCAAGAGUCGCGUGGCGUUCCCUCAAAGAAACCACAAGCCGACUACUUUUUAUAAUGGUUUACGUUAUGGUUUUGAACAAGGUAUGCCCGUAUGCUUCUUAUUGCACUAAAUAUUCCAAUUGCGUAAUUAAAUCAUAAGCAUGUCUUAUCAGUUUAAAUUUUUUAUGGAAAUAAAUUUUCACAAAUUAGCUUUUGUUAAUGAUUUCUGUAUUAAAUUUGAAGGCAUAACAAUGUCUAUGGUUUAUGCGAGUACAGCAUAUGACCACUAUAAAACCCUUAAGCACUUAAAUUCCAAGAUAAUUAAUAGAACCUUAUAUUUUACUAUCCCGUACAUGAUGGUCACUGCCACUAAAACAUUUGUGUUUAAUAAUAAAAUUCAACUGUAUUGACAUUAUAACCAAUAUUUACCUCAUAUAUGACCAUUUAUAUGCUUAUAAAAAGGUAUUCAUGAAGUUAGGCACAUUAAUUUAUUAUGAUAACAUUGACAUUUAAAAAAAUUGUCUAUUAAAUGCUUUUAAUUAUUAAGUGUUGCUAGCAACCACUGCAAUGACAUUUAUCAUAUCUUUUGACCUGAUAAUAUUGGUAACGCUUGCUUAAACAAAAACAUUCAAUAUUGUAUUUAUAUUUGGUACAAAUACCUAGUUUUGUUAUAAACUAUGACUAUUACGAGCAUACCUUAUUUAAUAGCUGUUGUGAGUUUUUGAAGUGUUGUUUCGUGAUUUAAGACUGCCAAGUGUAAUUUGAAUUAUCUUUAAGCUGAUUAAUUUUGACAGCUAUCCACAAAUAUGUAUCAUUUUUUACAUCAAAUGUGGUGUGUCAUUGUAAUUAUUGUAUUUUUAGUAAUAGUUAAGAGAUGAAAAGAAAGUUUGCAAGUAUCUGACUGAAUAAACUGAAUUUUUCUUAAUGUC